UAUUUACGUCACCAUUUUCCCCUUCCUUCCAAACAUCAUUUAAUUUAAAAAAAAAUCCUUCCCUUUCCAUUUCCCCUUAAUAAAUCCUUAUUUUUGGCUUUCUCGUCUGCCCGCGCUCUUCACUCUAUGUGAUUAAGCAUUCACAGAUCACAACCUUAAUCCUCUUAAAUCCUCUUCUUGCUCUUGUUAAUCGAUUUCUUCUUUUUUUCACACUCUCGAGAGCCCCAACAAAGCCAGUAGCUAGUACUAUCAGAGUAAGUGCUCGUUACUGUUGAUUUACGUCUGCUUAAUUUUAUUUUCAAGUCAGAACAACAGUCCAGGAGAUUGUUGUUUUUACUUAGCAAGCAGCAUGCAGAAAACAUUGGACAGGACUGUGACGACCAAUUAUCCACUCUCAUCCCCUUCCAAACCUUGGUGGUGUAGUGCAGGGCAUCAUGCUAUCUUCUCAAAUGUCUUGGGGGAAAGUACGAAAAACUUGUCUCUUCAAGAAUCCACAGAUGAUGGUUUAGGGACCAAGGCCAGCAAACCACAUGGCAAUGUCCAAAUGGAUGGAGGAACCGUUGCUUAUAAAGAAAAGCAACUCAAUGCAGUGUCAGCAUCAGAUGGAAAAUACGGAGACCAUCACCAUCCACAGCAAGCUGCAUCCAUAAUGAUUCCAGCUAUGGGUGUAUACCUUGGUCCAUCUACCCAGCUGGAACUUGCUGGCCACUCAAUUGUUCAUUCUCAAUAUGCUGGGCCAAAUCCUUCUAGAAUGGUGUUACCCCAUGAAAUGGCAGAAGAACCUGUUUAUGUGAAUGCUAAGCAGUACCAUGGCAUUCUGAGGCGAAGACAGUCACGCGCUAAGGCUGAGCUAGAAAGGAAACUUAUAAAAACAAGAAAGCCUUAUCUUCACGAGUCCCGGCAUCUACAUGCUAUGAGAAGGGCAAGAGGUUGUGGAGGCCGUUUUCUUAACACAAAGAAACCUGACACUACCAAUAAUACUGCACCUGAUAAGCAUACCAGCUCUGAUGAAACUGUUUCAAGAAACUUUACCAGCUCAUCAAGCUCUGGACCUGUGCUGUCUCACUUUUCCAGAAACUCUGAUUCGUCAAUGAGUAAUGAUGCGGAAGUAAUAGAGUCUCUGUGUCAAAUGCACCCUCAUCAGACAUAUCUGAGCAAAGGAUGCACCCCGCAGUUUCCCAGGUAUCACCUUUCCAAAUUUCCUUCACUUUCAGAAAAGAUGGUGGGAGAAAGGGAUAACAAAUUAUGGUGAGUGAGUAGGCCUCUCAAUUGAAACUUCCAGCACAAGGAGUUGAGGGUCUCUCCAGCAUUGUUAAUUGUAUGAAAGCCCGUUUAGCUGAAAGGUGUGGUGGAUUCUACCAAACUCUGAGAAAUCAAGGUGCCUCUUCAUUGAGUUUGCUUAUUCACUCUUGACACGCAGUAAGGAUUUGUUGGGCGUAUGUCUUUACCGCUCUAUGCUUUCUUGCUUGCAUCCUGUUGAAGGUGUUUCUUCGAUCAUUAGGGAUUGUUUAUAACCAUUUAGAAAAAGCUAGAAACAUCGACCCUGACUCACUUGGUGAGGAAGACUAUAUAUCGUUGGCAAAUCAUUCUUGGCUUAUUGUUUGUCACUUUCUUUUCUCAGUUUAUGUAAAAUUAGUUCGUGUAAUCUUGGAAUAUCAUAUCGAUCUUUUUGUGAA